AUGCCUCAGACAAUAACACUGCCAGACGGCUACGGCUACGUUGCCUUGAUAGCACUGGGCCUCACUCCAAUUCUCUCCUUUGUACAAGGCAUAGUGGUGACUUCAUUCCGCAAAGCCGCGGGUGUGCCAUAUCCCAACGCAUACGCAACGCCACAGCAAAUGAAAGCGACACCCGCGGCCUAUCACUUCAAUUGCGCUCAGCGUGCGCACGCCAAUCUGCUCGAGAACAUGCCUCAGACUAUCUUGUCCAUGUUGUUCAGUGGACUCGUCCACCCGCGAGCAGCAACCUGGCUUGGGGGUUUCUGGCUUGCAUGUCGGGUUCUUUACGCGCUUGGAUAUGUGAAGGGCAGUGGUGACGAUGAGAAGGGUAAAGGUAAAGGCCGCAUGAUUGGUGGCGGCUUCUGGCUUGCACAGUUUGCACUGAUAGGGUUGUCGAUCUAUGUUGCGGUCGGCCUGUUUUGA